CUGUGUUGUUUCCUCAGGUAUUUUGGUCAAUGGCGAGACCAUUGGAGACAAGAAGAUUCCCCCUGAUGGUAAAAUUAACACCUACUUUUGGCGUUUCGGCAUCAUCCACCAGACUCUGGGGGUGAGGCUAGAGGUGAGCACUCAGGAGAUCUCAGUGCUCCAGGAUGGCAAACAAGUCAAAGUGCUGUGGUCUGAUACAGCUGCUUUAAAAGGACCCAACAUGGAUCUCCUCUUGACCAAGGAUCGCAGCCUAAAGGUUACUCUAAAGGAUUCAGUCAAGUUUGUGGUCCUGCUUCACAAAGUGUGGAAGAAGCACCCGUACCAUCGGGACUACUUGGGUUUCUACACCCUGGACAGCCACCUCCUGUCCCCUUCUGUUCACGGCCUGCUAGGUCAGUUCUACCAUGGGAUUGAAUAUGAGGUGUCAGACCUGCGUCCAGGUGAAGUCCCAGAGAAACCAGAUGCCACCAUGUAUGUGAAAGGACAGGAGCUCAAUGUGACCAGAGGCUGGCAGAGAGACUUCAGGAGGGAUGUGAAGAACGGAGAAAAUGUUCCCUGCUGGUUUAUUCACAGUAAUGGAACCGGCCUCAUCGAUGGAGAGGCUGCAGACUACAUUGUGUCAGGCCUUUUUAAAACAGUUUAAAAACAGGUUACACAUCAGUG